GCUGAUCUUAAAGGCACAAUGAACUCCAUGAUCCUCGUCGUCUUGUUGGCUGUCUCGGCAGCAGCCAGUCCCCAGAGGAAUUCUUAUGCCUAUGGCCCCCCUCAGGAUUCGUCAGAGGAGUCCUACGAGUCGUCGGAGGCUUCGUACAACUUCGACUGGGCUGUCAACCAUGCUGAUUCCGGAAACAACUUCGGCCACCAGGAGGCCCGUGACGGCGACCACACUCAGGGAUCCUACUACGUGCAGCUCCCUGAUGGCCGCUUGCAGACCGUCAAGUACUUCGUGGACGGCGACUCCGGCUACGUGGCCGAAGUCAGCUACGAGGGCGAGGCUCGGUACCCCGACUCCUUCGAAUCCUUUGAGUCUCGGGAAUACAGACCUCCAAGGCCCGUGUAUGGCUGAGGAUGAGAAUGAGCUCUGACACAGUUUUUUAUGAAAUUUUAUGUGCAAUAAUAUAUAUAUAUGUUAUUAGCUUUUAUAUUUUUAUAUUUUUAUUCCGGACAGAAUUUUAGUUUGUGAAAGGGCAGCUUAUGGUCACUUCGCUCUGUAAGUCCUCAUUCUUCUACCUUUGUAAUUAUUCAUUUCGUCUUCUCACUUUCUGUUUGUUUCUUAACUUGCAUAUACAUUUGUAAAUAGUUUUUUUUAUCAAAAAACUCGAUGAAAAUCCGUAACUUCUCUCUCUCUGAAAUUUACCAUAAAUAUAGCAUGGGUGAGUGUUAAUCUGUCUCUUUAUAUAUGCAUGCUCAUAAACAUGAUUUGCUUCCUUUUAUAUACAUACAUACAUAAGUGUGUGGGUGUGUAUGCCUUGCUUCAUUUUAUAUUUGAUUUGCACCAAUAAUUAUGUUUCUGUUGUUAUUUCUAUUCAUAAUUUUAUCACCACAAAGAUGUCUUUAAAAUUAUUUUGCAGCAUUGCGUGGUAUUCAUGUUCGUUCCGUGCAGUGUGAUCACUGCAUUAUGUAAAUGUAAGAUAUUGCAAUGUUAAUAAGGAUCAAAAUAAACGGAAUUUACUGCA